UUGCGCCGGGGCGGCGGCAGCUCCCUCCCUAUGGCGGCUGCGCUUGGGCGCCCGGCGGCCUCUCUCAGGCACGCGACGGUGCGAGACUGCGUGACGUCAGCCGGGGGCGGGGUUUGUAGUACCCCGCGAGAGUGACAGCUUGCGGAGGCAGAGUCGCCGCGAGGGCCCACAGUUCUGGGAUGACCUUAGACAACGUCAACCGCGCCGCCCUGGACCGAAUCAUCCGGGUGGAUCAUGCAGGUGAAUAUGGAGCCAACCGAAUCUAUGCGGGCCAGAUGGCCGUCCUGGGCCGGACAAGCGUCGGGCCGGUCAUUCAGAAAAUGUGGGAUCAAGAGAAGGACCAUUUGAAGAAGUUUAACGAGCUGAUGGUUGCCUUCCGGGUCCGGCCGACGGUUCUCAUGCCCUUUUGGAACGUGGUGGGCUUUGCCCUGGGGGCCGGCACUGCCUUGCUGGGGAAGGAAGGCGCUAUGGCCUGCACCGUGGCGGUGGAGGAGUCCAUAGCGCAUCACUACAACAACCAGAUCAGGACGCUGAUGGAGGAGGACCCUGAAAAGUACCAGGAGCUUCUUCAGGUGAUCAAGAAGUUCCGCGAUGAAGAGCUUGAGCACCACGGCCUGGGCCUGAAGCACGACGCGGAAUCGGCCCCAGCAUACGUCGUCCUGAAGAGCGUUAUCCAGGCCGGGUGCAGCGCGGCGAUCUAUUUAUCAGAACGACUUUAAAGUCUGCCUACUCCUCCCUUCUGUAAAGACAGUGGCCGUUUCAUGAGUGACACUGACGGAGAAGGAGCUGUACAGUUAUUAUUAUGUGAAUCUUGUUAAUAAACUAGAAGUUUUUCGUUUUUCGUUAAUAAAGCUUUCCAGUGCUGGUUUCUUCCUGCA